AUGGGCUACACUUGGGCUUGGUUAUGGAAGAGAACGCCAGCGUCUAUGGAAGAGUGCAACCAACUUCACCAACUCACAACCAUGUUUUUUCCUCCCCGCCUCUCGGAUGGUCCUGAUAAAUGGGAAUGGACCCUUAAUGGGUCAAAGGUUUUCUUAGUGUCUGAUAUUAAAUCACACUUGGCCAACCACAGGUUCUCACAUUCUGGGUAUGUGUUCAAAUGGAAUAAUUGGGUUCCCCGCAAGGUUAGUAUUCUAUCAUGGAGGGCUGCUCUUGAUCGCAUUCCUGUACGUAUUGCAUUAACUAGAAGAAACAUUACUGUGGCCUCAAUCUUGUGUCCAAUAUGUGGUUUUGGGGAGGAAUCGGUGGAUCAUAUAUUCAUUGACUGUGGAUUUGCCCAAUCUAUUUGGGCGGCUAUAUCCCAAUGGUGUAAUAUUCCCCCAAUAUUUGUGUUUAGUUUCAAAGAUUUGUUAGACAUCCAUGUCUACAUGAGGGGCUCGGUUUCACUUAAAAAGGCAUUUUAUGGGGUUGUUCUAGUAGCUAUUUGGUGUAUUUGGAGAGCGCGUAACGACGUAGUAUUUAAUGGAGUGGAAUGUUCUUUACAAAGGUGUGUUGGAGAGAUUAAAACCAAAAGCUUUUUGUGGAUCAAGAACCACUCAAAGGGGAGAUUGUCUUGGAACUCUUGGGCAUCUUUCAAUCCGGAUAAUAUUGGAUGA